CGAGUUCAAUGUCGUCUUCCGCUGCUGUUGAUCAAGAGCAGAACUCCUCGAUUGCCAAUACAGAGGAGGAGCCAGUAGUGCUUCGUACCGAUGACCUUUCUGGUGAUGGUCACUGCGUUAAAGAGGUCACCAAGGAAGGCCUCAGUGAAGACACUCCUAAGCCUGGUGAUGAAGUUGAGGUGCAUUACACUGGUUGGUUGAAGGCCAAUGGUGAAGUCUUUGACUCCUCCCGGAAACGCGGUACCCCCUUCAAGUUCACCAUUGGCAAGGGACAGGUCAUCAAAGGUUGGGACGAAGGUGUUGCUACCAUGCAUCGAGGGGAGAGAGCGAUCUUCACAUUCCAUCCCGACUUCGGCUAUGGUGCCGCGGGGGCUGGCGCUGAGAUACCACCAAAUUCGUGGUUAAAGUUCGACGUGGAACUGCUCAGUUUCAAGCCUGGCAAGCCUGAUAAGUGGAGUAUGUCCAAACAAGAGAAGGUCGCCGCUGCAUCAGCCUGUAAGGAGAAGGGAAACGCUGCGUUCAAGGCUGGCGAGUACGAGGAAGCCCUGGAGCAAUAUAAAGAGGGAGUUGACUACUUUGAGCAGACAUCGUCCUGGUCUGGUGCUGAUAAGGAGGAUAAGGAUAAGGUCCUUCUAUCGUGUUACCUCAACAUGGCAAAUUCCUGUAUGAAGUUGGCAGACUGGUACGCCGCAGUAGAGUAUGGCAAGAAGGCAGUUGAACUUGACGAUAAAUCAACUAAAGCACACUUCCGUUACGGUGCUGCCUUGAUGGAGAUCGCCUCCUUUAAGGAUGCGAAGGAGCAACUUCUCAUAGCAGCAAGGGCCGAACCUCAGAACCGAGAGAUUCGUACUACUUUGGCGGACUGCAAGAAGAGGGCUAAGGAGGCGUUGGCUGAGGAGAAGACAGCAUUUGGGGCGAUGUUCGGUCAGAGUAUCUACUCAGAGAAGGCUGAUGUUGAGCUACCCCCAGUUCACGACAUUGCCAAGCUCCCCAAGGCCUGGAUGGAUAUCAAGGUCGGCACUGAGGAGCCCAAGCGUGUGUCUUUCGCCCUCUAUUCCGAUACGGUGCCGAAGACUGCUGAGAACUUCCUGGCGUUGUGCAGAGGUGACAGUGGUAAAUGCCAUAGUAAGCCAGAAGUGGAGCUCGCCUAUAAGGGCUCUACCUUCCAUCGUGUCAUCAAAGGCUUCAUGAUGCAGGGUGGUGACUUCACCAACGGGAACGGCACUGGCGGCGAGUCUAUCUACGGUGAGAAGUUCCAGGAUGAGGGUUUCCGUGACCAUCAUACUAAGCGAGGACUUCUUUCCAUGGCCAACUCUGGUCCCAAUACUAACGGCUCGCAGUUCUUCGUCACUUUCGCUCCCACACCUCAUCUCGAUGGGAAGCAUGUGGUCUUCGGUGAAGUCAUUGAUGGUAUGGACGUGUUGGAUGCUGUUGAGAACGCCCCGACUGAUGCGCAGGACAAGCCUACUGUGGAUGGCGGCAUUGUAAUCGUCGAUUGUGGAGUUGAGUAAAAUCAUAGAGAUUACACGUUUCGAGUUCUCUCGUACUCAAGUGAUGAGA